AUGGAGGUGAAAGAUAUGGAGUGCCUUGGAGGCUCUCCUUCAGGAGCCGCCUCUGUGCGUGACACAAUCACCGAUGCUGUGUUCGGGGAAAUGACAGACAAUGGCCCUAACUAUCGCGGUCUAGGAUGGUUUGCCACUUCGAUUCUCAUGACGAAGACGAUGAUUGGGCUCGGAGUCCUAUCCAUUCCUGCUGCCUUUGACGUUUUAGGUCUCAUACCCGGAGUGCUAUGUCUCUUGGCCGUCGCAGCAAUCACCAUUUGGUCGAUGUUUGUGGUCGGGACAUUUAAGCUCAAUCAUCCAGAGGUUUAUGCUAUCGAUGAUGUCGGCUACAAGCUUUUCGGUGUUACCGGACGAGUGUUUUUGGGGACCACAUUCUGCAUUUACUGGAUUUUCGUUUCGGGUUCGGGGCUGCUCAGUAUUUCAAUAGCGUUGAAUGCGAUAUCCAUGCACGGAACCUGCACAUCAGUCUUUGUGGCCGUUGCCGCCAUUGUAACAUUCUGCUUGACCAGCAUUCGUACACUGGGCCGCAUCAGCUGGAUUGCCUGGAUCGGCCUUUUCAGUAUCUUGGGAGCCAUCAUUACCCUUACUAUUGCUGUUGGAAUCCAAGAUAGACCCGCAAGUGCACCACUGGAGGGCCCAUGGAAAUCUGACUACGAGCUGUUCAAGAAGCCAUCGUUCUUAGAAGCUGCUUCAGCAAUCUCCACUUUGGUAUUCGCGUACUCGGGCACUAGCGCGUUCUUUGCGAUUACCGUUGUGACCGGCACAUAUCUUAGCAUCGGUGUGGUAGUAUACUAUUUCUGCGGGUCAUAUGUCGCGUCGCCGGCUCUCGGGUCUGCUGGAGUUCUUAUGAAGAAAGUGACAUACGGAAUAGCCAUCCCUGGUCUUCUCGCGUCGACAAUCAUUCUUUCUCAUGUGUCGAGCAAGUACAUUUUCGUCCGCCUGCUUCAAGGCAGUGAACAUUUGACCGCGAAUACUUUUCAGCAUUGGGCUACUUGGCUUGGCUGCACAUUGGGAGCGACUCUUAUCGCCUAUAUUAUCGCCAGCGCUAUACCUGUCUUUAAUAGCCUAGUAUCCCUUGUUGGUGCGCUGUUCGGUACAUUGAUGUCGUUCCAGCCUAUGGGUUGUAUGUGGCUGUACGAUAAUUGGAAAGGGAACAAGCGGGAACGGACUUUACGCUGGUAUUUUAUGCUCGCUUGGAGUCUAUUUGUCAUCCUUUCGGGAACAUUUCUCAUGGUGGCCGGGACUUAUGGCUCCGUUGUGGAAGUCAUUGAUAGUUAUAAAGAGUCCAGCGGCUCGGCUGCCUGGUCUUGUGCAGACAAUUCCAACUCUGUAUAG